CAUGCCUAGUGGGGGCGAAGUCCAAAGGCCGGCUGGACGCACCCGUAGGCGGGCCCCUCAUGAGCCAGGACUCCGCCUUCCUGACUCCACCGUAGCUUUACCCUUACGGGAAAUAGGGCCUCCCGAUGGUACUGGGAACCCCCGACUUCAAUACUGGCCCUUCUCUACCAGUGACCUAUAUAACUGGAAAACCCAGAAUGCCCGAUUUUCUGACAACCCUAAAGAUUUAAUAAGUCUCUUAGACACUGUUAUGUUUACCCACCAACCCACCUGGGAUGAUUGUCAGCAGCUCCUCCGAAUCCUGUUCACCACCGAGGAGCGAGAAAGAAUUCAAUUGGAAGCAAGAAAGCUGGUUCCUGGAGAUGACGGCCAACCCACUGCUAACCUUGAUCUCAUUAAUGCAGCUUUUCCCUUGACCCGACCCCCACAGGAUGACUGGGACUACAACACGGCAGAAGGUAGGGGACGGCUGCGCAUUUAUCGCCAGACUCUAAUGGCGGGUCUCCGGGCUGCUGCACGCAAGCCCACUAAUUUGGCAAAAGUGUAUUCAGUAAUACAAGGUAAGACAGAGAGCCCUGCUGCUUAUUUAGAAAGAUUAAUGGAAACCUUCAGACAGUAUACCCCCAUGAACCCCGAGGCCCCCGAAAAUCAAGCUGCUGUUGUAAUGGCCUUUGUAAAUCAGGCAGCCACUGAUAUUAAAAAGAAACUCCAGAAACUAGAGGACCUGGAGGGAAAACAGAUUCAGGACUUACUCCGCAUUGCCCAGCAUGUCUAUAAUAAUAGAGAGACUCCAGAGGACAGGCAACUUAAAGCCACCGAGGAAAUGACCAAAGUCCUGGCUGCUGUUGUCCAAAAGCCCCUGGAUAAACAAAAGCCCCUAGAUAAGGACCAAUGUGCCUAUUGCAAAGAAAAAGGCCGUUGGGCCUGAGAAUGCCCUAAAAAGAAAAAGCCACGUCAUGAUCAAAAACCGUGGCAGCCAAAAACCACACCCGCCCUCUUCACUCAAGAUGCAGAAUAGGGGGGAUGGGGUUCGGAUCCCCUCCCCGAACCUAGGGUAACGCUACAAGUGGAGGGGAACCCAGUUCAAUUCCUAGUUGACACAGGGGCACAACAUUCGGUCUUGAUCAGACCCCAUGGAAAAAUUUCUGAAAAAUCUUCCUGGGUCCAAGGGGCUACCGGGAAAAAAAAAUAUCCCUGGACCACCCAGAGGACUGUGGACCUAGGAAAUGGAAAGGUCACCCAUUCCUUCCUAGUCAUCCCCGACAGCCCAUGCCCCUUAUUAGGAAGAGACUUACUCACUAAAAUGGGGGCCCAGAUUCAUUUUACACCAGGGGGCCCCCAAGUGACUGGCCCUCACAACCAACCCAUGACCAUACUUACUCUAAGAUUAGAAGAUGAAUAUCGACUCCAUCAGGAGCCACCCUCACAAAAUCAAAACAUAGAGCCCUGGCUCCAGCAGUUUCCAGAAGCAUGGGCUGAAACCGUGGGUAUGGGGUUGGCUAAACAUCACCCAGCUCUAUUCAUAGAGCUGAAACCAGGGGCAGAUCCAGUUCGGGUCCGACAAUACCCGAUGUCAAUGGAGGCCAGAAAUGGCAUCACGCCACAUAUCCGUCACCUCCUAGACUUAGGCAUCUUGCAUCCCUGCCAUUCAGCCUGGAACACCCCCUUGCUGCCUGUAGGAAAACCUAACAGUGCGGACUACCGUCCGGUACAAGAUCUGAGAGAAGUUAACCGCCGAGUCAUGGACAUACACCCAACAGUACCCAACCCCUAUACCCUCCUAAGUGCCCUCAGCCCAGAAAGACAAUGGUAUACUGUCCUUGAUUUAAAAGAUGCUUUUUUCAGCCUGCCUCUGGCCCCCAAAACCCAAGAGCUCUUCGCCUUCGAGUGGUCCGACCCUGAGAGAGGCAUAAAUGGGCAAUUCACCUGGACCCGGCUUCCCCAAGGAUUUAAAAACUCACCCACCUUGUUCGAUGAGGCACUUCACGAGGAUCUGGAUCCGAGGUAACCUACUUGGGGUAUCUGUUAAGAGAAGGCCA